AUCAACGCGCUCAACGACUACGAAACACGGUUCUACUUUCGCUUCUGGAAGCGAGACCUAUUUCGACUCUUUGAAGCGCUCCGCCUAGACAGCAGCUAUAAACUCCCAAAUCGAGCUGUCUUCUCCGGUUUCGAGGGCCUCUGCAUUCUCUUGUGCCGCAUGGCAUACCCGGGACGUUAUGGAGACUUAAGCCACUUUUUCGGGCGGUCCGCCCCUAUUGUCUGCAUAAUAUUUAACUUCAUGCUGGGGUUGGUGUACGACAAGUACAAAUGCCUACUCACCAUUGAAUGUGAGCUACUUACAUCGUCGCGAUUGGAGGAGUACGCUGCUGCUGUGUCACAACGUGCAGCACCGGAGUCGAGAUGCAUUGGUUUUAUCGAUGGCACUGUGCGUGCUAUUGCACGUCCAACGCGCAACCAAAAACAAGUUUACAAC